AUCUGGCCACGCUGUGCGACUCGCGUGCAUCGUGAACGUGCCCUGUGCUGGGCACCGCUGAUCUUUGAGGUUGUGACAGACACAGCUAGCCAUGGAGGAGGACGACAGGGCUUCCGAGACCUGCGCCCCUCGAUGUCUGCCCGGACUGUGGACGUGUCUCCCCUUCAGGGAGGUCGAACUUAUUUCCAUUCUUGUCACUGUGCGUAACGUGUACACGAUUGAGAAAGACGCAGAGGAAUGAACAGUUAUUGUACAGGAAAGAAAGUACUGUGUCGGGAAAAAAAAAUGACAGCCUUCUGUUCUUCUGGAGGUUGAGGACUAAUUUCAGAAAACCUUGAGGCUUCUUGGUACACUGGACAAACUGCUGAGUGGAGUUGUAUUAAGGGCCAUGAAGGAGAGAACAGCAGUUUAAAGGAUCAAGAUGUUGUUCAACUGGAGGGUAUUGGCAGUGAACCAUCAAAGAAUAUCCAGUUUGUACAUUAAUAAUAUAUGCUGCUAUAAAAGAAGAACAAAUUUAAAAAGAUUAAAACUACAUUUACCUCUUGGAAGAAAUUACAGUUCCUUGCCAGGUGUAAUAGGAAAUGAUAUCAAAUCCCUUCAUUCCAUCAUCAGUCCUCCUAUAGCUAAAAUUCGUAAUAUUGGCAUUAUGGCUCAUAUUGAUGCAGGCAAAACUACCACGACAGAAAGAAUAUUGUACUAUUCUGGAUACACAAGAUCACUGGGAGAUGUUGAUGACGGAGACACAGUGACAGAUUUCAUGGCUCAAGAGCGAGAAAGAGGCAUUACUAUUCAAUCAGCUGCUGUCACAUGUGAUUGGAAGGGGUAUAGAGUCAAUCUAAUCGAUACACCAGGUCAUGUGGACUUCACAUUGGAAGUUGAGCGCUGCCUAAGAGUGUUGGAUGGUGCAGUGGCUGUAUUUGAUGCCUCUGCUGGUGUAGAGGCACAAACUCUCACAGUAUGGAGGCAAGCAGAUAAACACAGUAUUCCUCGAAUCUGUUUUUUAAACAAGAUGGACAAAACUGGAGCAAGUUUUAACUAUACAGUUGAAAGCAUCAGAGAGAAGUUGAAGGCAAAGCCUUUGCUUUUACAGUUACCAAUUGGUGAAGGCAAAACUUUCAAAGGAUUGGUGGAUGUAGUAAGUAAAGAAAAACUACUUUGGAAUCCCGGUUCAGGUGAUGGAAAAGACUUUGAGAGAAAACCCCUCUUGGAAUUGAGUGAUCCUGAGUUGCUGAAGGAGGCAACUGAAGCAAGAAAUGCCUUAAUUGAACAAGUUGCAGAUUUGGAUGAUGAAUUUGUUGACUUGGUUUUAGGAGAAUUUAGUGAAAAUUUUGAUUUGUUACCAGCUGAAAAGCUACAGACUGCAAUACACAGAGUAACAGUGGCUCAGACAGCAGUGCCUGUGCUUUGUGGAAGUGCCCUGAAAAACAAAGGUAUACAGCCCUUGUUAGAUGCUAUUACUAUGUACUUGCCUUCACCUGAAGAGCGCAACUAUGAAUUUCUGCAGUGGUAUAAGGGUGACUUAUGUGCACUGGCAUUUAAAGUUCUUCAUGACAAGCAACGGGGACCGCUGGUUUUUAUGCGCAUUUACUCAGGCACCGUAAAACCCCAGUUAGCUGUCCAUAAUAUUAACGGAAACUACACGGAGAGAAUAAGUCGUCUGCUUUUGCCAUUUGCUGACCAACAUAUAGAAAUUCCUUCGCUGACUGCUGGUAACAUUGCUUUGACUGUUGGACUUAAACACACUGCCACUGGGGACACCAUUGUGUCAUCCAAGUCCUCCGCAUUAGCUGCAGCUCGUCGAGCCGAAAGGGAAGGAGAAAAGAAGCACAGAAAAAAUAAUGAAGCAGAGAGACUUCUGUUGGCUGGGGUAGAGGUUCCAGAGCCUGUUUUCUUCUGUACCAUAGAACCCCCUUCAGUGGCUAAGCAGCCAGACUUGGAUCACGCAUUGAAGUGCCUUCAACGUGAAGAUCCCAGCUUGAAAGUGAAGCUAGAUCCUGACUCUGGACAAACUGUCCUAUGUGGUAUGGGGGAGUUACACAUUGAGAUUAUUCAUGAUCGAAUCAAGAGGGAAUAUGGACUUGAGACCUAUCUAGGGCCUCUCCAAGUGGCAUACCGAGAGACCAUUCUAAAUGCAGUUCGUGCCACAGAUACCUUAGAUAGAACUUUAGGAGACAGACGGCAUCUUGUGACUAUAGAAUUAGAAGCAAGACCAACUGAAACAUCAUCUGUUAUGCCAGUUAUUGAAUAUACUGAAGAUGUUAGUGAAGAUCUUUUGAAGACCUCCCAAGAAGCUAUUGAAAACGGAAUUCACAGUGCAUGCCUCCAAGGACCAUUGCUUGGAUCUCCAGUUCAAGAUAUAGCAAUUACUUUACAUUCACUGGUAGUUCAUCCUGGUACCUCCACAACUAUGAUUUCUGCCUGUGUCUCAAGAUGCGUACAGAAGGCUCUGAAGAAAGCAGAUAAGCAAGUUUUAGAGCCACUGAUGAAUCUGGAGGUUACAGUGACUAGAGAUUACCUCAGCCCUGUCCUGGCAGAUCUGGCACAAAGAAGAGGGAACAUUCAGGAAAUUCAGACUCGCCAGGACAACAAAGUUGUUGUUGGAUUUAUUCCCUUAGCAGAAAUUAUGGGUUAUUCAACUGUGCUUCGAACAAUAACAUCAGGCUCAGCUACUUUUACCUUAGAACUAUCUAAUUAUCAAGCCAUGAAUCCUCAGGACCAGUGUGCACUGCUGAACCGGAGAAGUGGCUUGGCCAAAGUGUUUUAGGUCCUGGGAAAUGGAGAGAAAUUCAGGAGCACCUACCUCCUUCAUUUUCAGUAAGAUAAUGUAAUGUUUAUGUUUUAUUUGUUGGGUGGAUAUAUUACUGUUUCAGUACAGAGAACUAGAUAAAAGGUGUAACUUGAAGACUGACUGGCAGUGGCACUGGAGCUGCCCUCUAAUUUACAUAAUGAGAAAUGUGCUUUGAAAUGUAAAGGUACCUGUGUGAAUGUUCUUGUGUAUCAUGCAGUUACUAUUGCUGAUAUAUUUUAUUGCAAAUUAAUCAGUAGUAAAAACUUAGCCCUCUGAAUAUAUCGAAUGGUACCCACAAAGUGUUUUUGUUUUGUUUUAACCUUCUCAGAAGGAAGAUGCCAUUAAAAAAAACAAAUAAAAAUAAAAAUUUUUUAAGGUAAAGGUUCAAUCAAUAAAAAGAUACAUAUUUUAUUCCAAAACCCGUCUCACAAAUCUUAAUUUCCAUGAUUUCAUAAUCAAAUUGAUUAUAGUACAGAUUGCCAUGGCCUUUUCUCCUCUCCUGUUUUUCUUCUUUGUUUAGGCUCUUUUUAUAUACUCUCCUCAUAGUUACAAUAUCCAGUAAAAAGCGGCUGUGCAGCUAUUCCACGUCUGUAGAACAGAUAAAGUAUGAAUAAAAGAUGUUUAGUUAAUAUAAUUCAUCUGCCAUCUUAACUUAGUAGCUUAAAUCGGAAUCACCAAAUCAUAGAAUAAUUACGGGGGUGGGGGAGGAAAAAUCACUUAAGAUUGCUAAGUAUGUUCAAGUGAUUAGAGAUGGCGUUCUACGUUACACCAAAAUUCAAUUUAUCUAUAAAACAGUUAAGUCCAAAUAUAUCUUCUUAUUGGUAUUCUCUUUACCUACAAAAUAUAGUUCCUAGCUCCUCUUAAUAAAUCACUACUUCUUAAGUGACAUGCAUUUCUAUUUAUAGCAAAAAAACAAGCAGUUAGCUAACACUGAAUAAGAGGGUUAAAAAUCACGCAGGACCUAAUAAUAGCUUGAAAGAUAACUAUUUGUCUUACCUGACCAUUCUGCAGCGGUGUCUCAUUAAUCUGUUGUAGGCGUCUUCUAAACCUCUGACAUCUCCGUGACUCCAGAGUCUCUCACCAACAGCACUUGCCCGUGGCCUAAAGUUUAAGCCAUACCCCCCGACCCCCAAGUACUUUAAAUUCAUGUUUUCUUAAGCACGUCUCUAAAUGAUAUGCUUGGGGAGAUUCCUAGUGCUUUCCCACUUGGAUGGAGAAGGAAAGCUAGGCACCUUAUUUCCUAACUCAAACAUUAACAGUUAAAUUGCAUACCAUAGUCUUGGAGUGAGGUUAGUUGCAUCCACAUAUUCUCCCCAUAGGCAAGCUUCUCCACCAAUUACGAGUUUUUUCUGUUCCUGAGAACC